AUGGAGUCUCAGCACGCGUCUCAGGCUGCUUACGCCAAGACGCUGGCCGACGGCGGGCGGUACAGUGGAGGGAAGCACGAGUACGACGGCCUGUUCAGCGGUCCGAUGAAGCUCGGCUCUAGAUUGGAGGAUUACAGGGAGAUAUUCGGCCGGUCGGAGACGUCGUCUAUUCCGAUGCUCGAUGUUCCCGAGCUGAACGAGAGGAAGGCUUCCGUCGAGCCGCGGGGCUCCAGGCCGGAUUACGCCAAGAUUUUCGGCGGAUUCGGUGAAUUGGACUUUGCUAUGCCUUACGAGGAGUUGAUUUCCAGAGCGGAGAAGGAGGCCAAGGCUCCUGCUGAAUCGAGUUCGCAGUUUUCUUCGGGUCCUGAGCAAUCUGCAUUUGCUGAAAAGAAGAGAAUGUCAGCAGAAGCAUCUGUUCAAUCGUCUAUGGAUGCUGCGAAACUUGUCAACGUGCAGUAUCACAAGACAAACUCGGGAGGCAGAAUGGGGAAAAGUGGCGCGACACAUGUUGCUCAGCUCCAUGCCAUUCCUGGCUUUACUCGCUUAAUUGAUGAAAAUGCUCCAUCACGAUCUCCUGAAGGUGCCAGGUCAAGUCGCUAUGUUCUGAAUGAUGUCCAUCUCAAUGCGGGUGAGGAGAUGAAGGAAGCCAGACCUCACAGGAGAGCUUACUCCGGUCCUCUCCUGUUCAAUAAUGCUUCAGGACAGCAUGCUGAACAUCACAGAACAUCUAGUUCCAUCUCAAAUGAUGCAGCUUUUGAUGCUUCCAGCAGUUCAUCGAUGAAAUCUAAACUUGGGGUUCCGAAAACUACUAGUGGCUGUCACUCACCAUUGGGUGAUGAAGUGGAUGCAAGCUCGACUGCUGCUGCUUCUGCAGCUGCUGUGAGAAAGGCAAUUGAGGAAGCUCAAGCUAAAAUCAAGAUUGCAAAAGAGCUAAUGGAGAGGAAAAAGGAAGGCCAUCAGAGUCGUUCAAGACCAAAGGUCAAUCAUGGGUUGAAAUCUGAGAAAGGGGAAUCUAAGUCUGCUGAAAAAACAUAUCAAUACAAAGAUAAGGCAGAGGAAUUGUAUCGGAAAGAUGAUACUUCAAAGAAGCAAGUUUUCAGUAGCUCACUCGGGCAAAAGUCAUCAGAAGUCCGCCAAGUGACUUUGGACUUCAGGGAUGAGACUAAAGGUUCUAUUGCUAGCCCUGCCCAUACUGUAAACCACAUUAAAGAAGCCACAUUCACUGAAGUUUAUUCUAGUCGGGGAGAAACUGGAACCAGCAAAUCCGAACAGGAGUCUCCAGAAGCCGCUGGUAGCAAAGAGUACCGGCCUUCGAUGCCACAGUUUGAGCAAGAAGAGAAGACUAGGAAAGUUAUGGUAAGUAGUUCUGAAAAAAAAUGGAAGGAGAAGAUGAAAGCAUCAAUUUUACAGGACAAAUUUGAGAAUAUGAUGAGAAUGCUGCGGGGACCAGUAGACGUUUCAGAUGUUGAAGUGCCAGAGAAAAAAUUAGACCAGCUGAAGGUAGAUCUCAUUCAGCUGGGCAGUGAGGCUAAGCACGAGGAAAUAAAAGGUAGAUCAAAUGAAGCUGCAGCAAGGGAGGAGGAUGAGAGGACGGUUAAAGUUAAUUCCUGGCUGGAUAAUAUUGCCAAGGGGCACAAGGAACAAGAAGAUCAUAAAGAGGGAGAAUUGGAGGAGGCUCAAAGUUGUGAUAUGAGUGAAGAUGAUGCCGUGAAUACUCCAUGUGAAGUUGAUGCAGCGAAAAAUUCAAAAGUAAGGUUUGCUGAUGAUGAGCUAGAGUAUGAAGGUGAAAACAGGCCUUCAGCCAGUGGUUUGGAAGAAGUGAAAGAGAAGGUUGAGGAAGAAGCCAAAGAGAACAAACAUGCUAUUGGUGAGCAUGGGGCAGGAACCUUUUCGGAAUCUGUAGAAACAGAGAGGAUAGAGCCUAAGGUUCAUCAAAUGUCGGAAGCUGAUGAAGGAAACGAGAAGGUCACUCAAGAGCCUCCCAGAAGUUUGAAUGAUAAUAAUGAAUUGGCUCCUGAGUUGCAUAAAACAGCUGAAAGUGACAAAAAUGUCGAGCAGAUUGAUGAAAUCCAUGCAUGUGGGGAGCUUGCUGUUAGAGUGAGUGAGGAGGCCACAUUGCCUUCUUCUGGAUCCAAAGAGAUUGGAAAAGAUCCAGAAACAGUUGGAGAGACAUGUUCCCCUGCAGAAGAAGGGGAUUCUGCAAGGGUUGAUGGGUCUGGAAUGCAAAGUGAUGAACCGUCGGAGCCCCUUGUUGUUGAUGAAAAUGGGGUAUGUUCCAGUGAAGUGGCUCGCCAGCAUACUGAAGAGUUUGCAACUGAAUGCCAAAGAACCUCCACUGCUGAAUGGCAUGUUGAAGAGGCAACUAGUCCAUCAGAAGAAAGCAAAGAGGUUCUUGAUGAUGCUGAAGUUAGCAGCAUGAGUGACACAGCAGCUGAUAAUUUUCAAUCUCCUGGUGAGAAGGUUUUACCAGACGGGACUGAAUCCAGGUCACAUGCUGAACCUGAAAAGCAUGUAAGAGGAGCCACAAUUGAUUUGGAAGAAAAAGAUGACAAGGUUCCCACUGUAAACAAUAGUGCAUCAUUAUCGGAUGAAGAGAGAUUGUCGCAUGAUGGAAUAGGUUCAAGCACUAGUCAACGAUCUAGUGUUUCCCGGGAGGAAGGGAAUACUGAUGCUGCUGCGUCUCCGCGUCAGAAAAUGAGUAGAAAGGCCGUUGACGAAACAGAGAUAGCUUACCACGAGACCAUGCAAAUGCAGGAGAGAGAGGAUAACAGGAGCCCAAAGAAGCAUGUGGAGGUGGAAAAGCAGCAGCAUCCAACGAAAAAGGAAGCAGCAAAAGAGAGAGACUUGGAGGAGAGACAGAGAAUAGCAGUGGAGAGAGCAAUACGGAAAGCUCAUGAGAGGGCUUUUGCUGAAGCCCGAGAGAAGGCAGAAAAGGCAGCUGCGGAGAGAGCUGCUGCAGAAACUGAUCGGAGGGCAAAGGCAGCUGCUCGAGAAAGGUCGGAGAGGGUUACAUCGUUGGAGAAAGCUUCUAUGGAGGCAAAACUGAAAGCCGAACGCGUUGCAGUUGAAAGAGCAACUGCCGAGGCGAGAGAGCGAGCCCUGGAGAAAGCGUUGUCUAAGUCUCCUGUGCCUUCAAAGGAUGAUGGAAGGUCCACUAAUCAACGAUACAAAAGCUCUGCUUCUUCUAGUAGUUCAAGAUAUCAAAGUUCUGUUGGUAAUGCCGUUCCCAACUCAACUGCAGUAUCUGGUGAAGCAAACAGUGAAUCAUCUCUGAAUUCUAGAGCCUCCUCAGAGAAGCAGCAGCAAAUGGCUGAGUGUGCGGCGAAAGCUCUGGCAGAGAAGAAUAUGUGCGAUCUUCUUGUGCAGAAGGAGCAAGCUGAGAGAAAUAGACUGGCAGAAAUUCUGGAUGGUGAGAUCAAAAGGUGGUCCAGUGGGAAGGAGAGGAAUUUGCGCGUUCUGCUUUCAACACUUCACUAUAUUCUUGGUCCUGACAGCGGUUGGCAAGCGAUUCCUAGGACAGAUCUCAACUCAACUACUGCUGUUAGGAAAGCGUACAAGAAGGCGACUCUUUUCGUGCAUCCUGACAAGUUGCAGCAGCGUGGUGCCAGCAUACGCCAGAAGUACGUAUGCGAGAAGGUCUUCGAACUUCUCAAGGAUGCCUGGACCAGAUUCAGUGCUGAAGAUCGGUGA